AUGGAUCAAAGCGAAGAUGCAGCAGCAAAAAAAACUCCAAAAGAAGAAAUUGCUGUCUUCGUGCAGCUGCUGCUGAAGAUGCGGAGCCUCCGCGCUGCCGACGCCGCAGCCGUCCUUGCUGCUCUCAGGGGCGACUCCAGCAGCAGCAGCGGCAGCAGCAGCAGCAGCAGCAGCAGCAGCAGCAGCAGCCUGAACAGCUUUAUUGCCGAGUGCAACGCAGCGCUUCGCGGGAGCGGCGUGCAGAUUCAUGCAGCAGCAUUUCUUUGCCGGAAUUUGUCGAAGUUUGCGCUGCCCACAAAAUCGCCGCAGUCCCCCGUCUUUUGCGGAAGCUGCUGCAGCUGCAGUGGCUGCAGCCAGAGCCAAUUCGGUCUCAGCCGCAAAAACGGAAUUUGA